UUUGUUGGUGUAACUUUUUAUUGUGAUUGUCAAAAUGAAUGGAUCAUUUCAUGGGCAGCUGCUCAACAAGAUGUGAUGUUAAAUCUUUAUAUUGAAAAUUGUGAGAAUUGGUUCCAUGCAGAUAAUUUUAUUAACUUCCUUGAAAAGACAUGCAUUCUCCCUCUAGAGUUUCAUUUUUUUAUUGGAACCAUGGUCUUUGUCAUACUGUUUAUGUUGCUUGCUUUCCUUUAUAAAAUAGAAGGGUGGUAUCUCAUUUAUACAUUAUACAUACUCAGGAUUUGGCUGAAAACACAAAUGGGUUGGGCAGAAAGACAAGUCAAAUAUAAGUAUGAUGUGUUUGUUUCAUACAGCACGAAGGAUGAAUUCUGGCUCAUCCAUGAGCUUAUUCCAAACUUAGAGCAGAAAGGACCACCUUUCCUCAAGGUGUGCCUCCAUAACAGGGACUUUGAGGUAGGGAAGGACAUUGUGGAUAACAUUGUGGACAGUAUUUACAGUAGCAGGAAAACAAUCUGUGUGAUUACCCAUCAUUACCUACGGAGUGAAUGGUGUUCCCUGGAGAUGAGAAUGGUAACAUACAGACUGCUGGCAGAAAGCCAAGACAGUCUCAUUCUGGUUUUCUUGGAGAGAAUCUUACCCAGUGAGAUUUCAGCUUAUCACAGGCUGGCAAGGAUGAUCAAGAAGAAGACAUACAUUGACUGGCCAGAGGGGGGGGAUGAACAACUCCUAUUUUGGGAAAGGCUAAAAAUUGCUGUUUUGAAUUCUGAUGAUAAAUCAGAAAUGUGAUUAAAUACUUUAGCAGCGACAUGCCACAAAUUUGGGAAAUACAGCAUAUUUAAAUAAAAGAGAAAUGGAAAAAGUCCCUAUUUUCAGAGGAUAAAUAUGGGUAUCUUAUGAAUGUUUUGGUGUUGGAUUUUUUUAGCAAGCUGAUCUCAGAAAAUUGCAAUUUUAAUUUGUUUAAUCAAACUCUAGUUAAGCAGAGACAUUAUUAUGUUACUUUAACUGAUGCAUUCUAGUAAUGAAUUUAACAUCAUAAACAGCAAAU